AUGGAAAUCCUAUUCUCAGAGCUGAUUGCCAUGACACUACCGACUGGUCUCGUCGCUGAAAGCGAGAUGAAGAGAAUACGCGAAUGCGCAACAGAAAACGAAACCCUAGCUCGCUGCUGGGACAAACCGCAUGUCGCUCUGGUAUCAAUGGAGUGGGCUCCGUCUGGUCUGGCCUAUUGCUGGAACGGCUGGAUAUCCUGUAACGAGGCGAGGGGCUACUGGAAGCAAGUAGAAGCGAUGCGAGUCUUGUCUGUGGAAAUCACCACCCCAGCAUCCCCAGCAGUAUCGAGCACUGAGGACCAAAGCGACGAUGGACAGAACAAAGCGCACGAGUACCGAUUCUGGGUACCGCCCAAAUGGAACGGGAGACCAAACGUUCCCCAAUCCAGCUUUGUAUCGACCAAUAAGGCCGUCGCGGGUCUCGAAAAGAUGUUCCGUGACUUGUCAUCAACGUAUCCGACAAUCUGCGUCUGUUUCCAUCGACCGACUUUGACACGGCAGGGUCUAGCCGACAUUGGAUUCAAGCUACCAAAAGGCACCAUUCUUGUCGACAUGAUCAAGGUACUAGAGUACCAGUCUAGAUUUCGAGACAUGCCUCCAAAGGUCAAACGCUACAUCAAUAGUUGCCUGAAUGUUGACAUGCGCGACGGGGUACGUUUUGGAGAGAGAUUCGACGCAAGCGACAGUGACGCACUUGCAUCCGACUUCAAUAAACACGCGCCAAAAUAUGGCCAAACCGACGAGUGGCGUGAGAUCAUCCGUAAGAAAGAAGACCUUCCGGCUGGUACUUUGUUGAAGAUUCUUGGGCCCGAGGCAGAAGCCCACCUGCGGCAGAUUAAAAAGAUAGAGAAGAUGUACACACUAGAGAGGGAUGGGCGCUGGGAAAUCGACGAGGCAAAGCAAGCAAAGGAGGAUUACCAGAAGCAGCUUGCUAUGCUACGCCAACAGACAAUUGAGUAG